CUCUGGAGGGUCUAGUGGAAGAGUGAGCCUGGUGAAAGCGAGAUGCCCCUGGGUGACCGUAAGCUUGCCUAUCUUAGUUUGUGCACUAUUGAGCGCAUCUUUAGCUGGAGAAGAAGAAGUAGGUUGCGUGGAGAGGAUAUUCAGGUUCUGUCCGUACUUGUGCGAGCGUUAAACUAAACGUUGAGAUAGCUGAAGGUUGGCGCGAAGCGAACGAGGUUGACAGGGUACGGUGCAACUGCAAUUAGGAGCCACAGCUGCCCGCUGUUGAUUUUCUCUACGCAAAAAUGAACGCAGAUUCUGUGUCGAAACAUCGGCAAGGACAUGGCGACGGAGUCGUCCAAGCAGGCUGAGCCGCCGGCAAGGUCAACGAUGUUUGCCCAAAGGCGCCAAGUAGUCAACGUUCCGCAAUAUUUCGCUGUGCAGUCCGAGGAAUCCCUUUCUGCUUUAUGCCGUGGUUCACACUUCAUGUUUGAUGUACGACUUGCAUCCAAAGCUGAAGCCAGGGGAAGGUGCUGUGUGUACAGCGCUCUAGUGUCGAAGGAAUGAACAUCUCGGCCGCCUCGAGUCUGCAGUGCGAAUCAUGCUUCAAAGCUUCGUUUACAGCUGUUUGCCACGUCAAAGGGGAACAGAACAGCGACACAUACGAGAGAUUCCAUGUCAGCAGCAUGGAUGACA